AUGGCAGCCCCUCCUGACCUGCUGUCGAGGCGUCCUGGUGGGGCACCCCAACCUUGGCCCAUCCACCCCCACCCUGCAAAACAUGCCCACAGGUCCUGCAUCCCUCCUUCUCUUCCUCAGCUACCUUUCUUCCACACCCGUCAUGCAGACGAGAGUGCUGAACGACCUCACCUGGUCACUGUUGUUCGACCAAGUGAUCAAACUGAACUACGGAAGGUCACUGUGCUGUUGAACCGAAGGGGCGUAGUGUCCUUUGAGCAGCUUCUGUUGGACAUCUCAGAGGCGUUGGGGUUUCCACGCUGGCACAGAGGAAGAGUCACACGUCUGUACACGAUACACACACGAGAGGUUAAGGGUGUGUGUGAUUUCUUCCGGGGUGAGGCAGCCUUCUUGGCUCUCAGUAAAGCUCGUCCUGAGCUGACCAGUGUGCAGGAUGCUCUGGAGGAACUGUUUCCAGAACAUUCUCAUUAUUGUGCUAAUGUGCUGCGAGCCUGGGAGAAGAAACUCCGGCCAGUGCCAAAUAAAGCUGCCAAGGCUGACAGUGGAUACAGUGAGGGGACAGACAAUGAUGGGACUAGCCAAGAGACACACAGAGACACGAAUACAAACGUCAAGAAUCAUGAUGAUGCUCAUAUGUUACAGCAUACAGGUACACACCAGAAAGAAAAUGGCAAUCCUGACUCCCAGAAGUCAUAUAAAAAGAGCUCUUGUAGAAAACCUGCUCACCUUCCCAACAACCUGCAGAAACUACGUGUGAGAGGUGGAGACAAAGAGCAACAGCCCUCUGUUACCGCUCCAUUUAAACACAACGGAGGUCUUAGAGACAAAGUGACACCUUCUCCCAUACUGUGUGAAAACUGCUUGGCAAGAAGGAAACAUCAGGGUGCAGAACUGAUCAGCUCAUUAUCAGGAAGGGUCCCACUUCCUCCUGUGAUGAAGAAACCAAAAGAAAGUUCUCAACAGGAACAGGAAGUGAAACAGUCAGACGUUCGUAUCAAUCCUUCACUUCCUCGGCCAAUCAGAAAAGAAAGGGAGAGGAGUUUGAUGCGCUUACAGCCUCCAAAUCCAGCUCCAGAUGUGCAGCCGGCUCACACAGACACGCAAAACACAGAAACAUGUGUUCCUCCCUCAGAUGGCAGUAGUCUCACCUUCUCAGACAUCGAGCGCUGCUACGAAAUCGGGCGUGUGAUUGGAGAUGGGAACUUUGCGGUGGUGCAAGAGUGUCGCCGUCGUGACAACGGCCAAACCUUCGCUGUGAAGAUUGUCGAGCGCUCCAAGCUGAUCGGUCGAGAGCACAUGAUGCAGAACGAGCUGAGCCUUCUGGGAAGUUUGUGUCAUCCUCGUAUAGUGCGGCUGUUGGUGCACCAUCACACUCGUACUCACUCCUACCUGGUGAUGGAGCUGGUGAGCGGAGGGGAUUUGUUUGAGGCCAUCAGUGAAAGGGGGAAGUUUUCAGAAGCCGAAACGGGACUGAUGGUGUCAGAUGUGAGCGACGCACUGAAUUACAUCCACUGUAGGAGCAUCGUCCACAGAGACCUCAAACCAGAAAACCUGCUGGUAGAGAAAGUUACUGUGGACAUCUGUCGGCUGAAGUUAGGAGACUUUGGUCUCGCCAUGGUCGUAACUGAACCGGUCUUCACCAUAUGUGGCACACCAACAUAUGUAGCCCCAGAGAUCCUCCGUGAGACAGGUUAUGGUGUAGCGGUGGAUGUGUGGGCUCUGGGUGUGAUUCUUUACAUCCUUCUCUGUGGCUUCGCCCCAUUUCGAAGUCGGGAUCGGGAUCAGGAAGAGCUCUUCAAGCUGAUAAAACAAGCACAGCUUCACUUUCCGCCCCCCUACUGGGACUCCAUCUCAGAAGAAGCUAAAAGCCUUGUCAGAUCUCUGCUUCAGCCAGAUCCCAGUGUGAGGCUGACAGCAGAGCAAACCCUCCAGCACCAGUGGGUGAAAACGAUGGCUUCAAUAUGCAGGCAGAGGGCGCUCACUGGCAAAACUCAGAGGAACGCAGCAGAACCUCAGAGAGUUCAGAGAUCUGCUCAGAGAACUGCAGCAGAGUCACCCACAGACAAAGCAGCAGGACACUGUGGCAGCAAACACAGUAUCACUCCCAGGAGACACAAGGAUACGUAUCCCCGGAGAUUCCCAGCAAGAGGACGAGAUGAGACUAAACCUGCACCGCUACAGUUAGAAGAGAUGAGCACAACAGCUGACACGGACAUCCUGCCCCACCCUGCUUAA